CGAGCUGGCAACUCUAUGGUAACGAGAAGCUCCAAGCAGUUGCACAAAAAUGACAGACACGCAAUCCUGGUCGCGCGUAUUGUCGCGUGCGGAUCAAAAGCGCAAUGUUUGUGCCAUUGAUCGUAACGUGCCACAAAGUAGUGUCACAUACCGAUAUCAGCCUCUGGAAACGGCCGAGAGCAUACGACUGCUGAAGAUUGAUGGUGACCCGCCGUUUGAUGUGCAGUACUCUAUAGUUCAUACGACGAUCACAACGGCGCCAGACUACGAGACCCUCUCUUACGUCUGGGGAACACCAAAUCGGACUAGUACUAUUAGUCUGUACGACGGGAGUCUCCUUCGCGUUACGAAAUACUUGAAGAGCGCACUUCCGCAUAUAUCAAAGCACUGUCUGACGAGGUUCAUUUGGAUUGACCAGAUUUCGAUAAACCAGGACGACUUACUAGAAAAGAACCAUCAAGUGCCUCUGAUGCGAAGUAUCUACUCUGGCUGCUACUGCGUGAUAGUGUGGCUCGGUAGGCUCAGUAUGCUUCCCAUAGAGAACACUAGUCUUGAAGAUAUCUUCUCUUGUGUUAAUGAGUUGGAGGUCCGCCGGCGGCAGGCUAGCGGACCAAUCUCGCAAGAGCCUUUAGACAGCCGUUUCAAAAAGAUUGCGCAAUCGGAAGAGGCGUCAUGGGAUCUCGCUGAAGAUCUUCGAGACAUCGUGACAUCGCCGUGGAGUACACGAGGAUGGGUCUUUCAGGAGGCAGUGCUUCCGCGGGAUUCCAAAUUGAUUCUUGGGGAGCCACUUAUCUACAAGAAAGGUGGCACGGUGUCACUCGAAGGGCUAAAUCGGACGCUUACUGCCUACUAUGACAACAUGACUGCGACACAUCUUACUGCGGACUACUCACUCCGUCAAAACGAGUUUCAGAGCUUCCUAGCUAUCCUCAAAGGCUGGUCAGAUCAUGUCUACUUUUUUGGCCCGAGGCCUCCAUUCGAGCAUGUACUCUCACUGUACUCCCCUCGUGCGAAGACUACUUGUGCGCUGGAUCAACUAUACGCCUUUUUUGGACUGAACGAUAAUCAAUUCAUCAAUCUGCCAAUAUCGUAUGAAACCAGAAUGGAGGAUGCGCUUGUAUCUACCACUCAGGGGAUCAUCCGCGGUACAUUGCGGCUGGAUAUAUUUGAAUGUAUACCCAGAAUAGGCGUUAUCAGCAUAGACCUCCCCUCAUGGGUUCCCAAUUUCGUUCAGCCUAGAUCAACAGCGCCUUUUACACGACCCGUUACUUAUGGCGUAUGGAACACGCCUCAACCAUUGGGAAAUAUAUGGCUCGGUUAUUGCGAUGCCCGAACACUCCACGCAUACGGACGACGUAUAGACACUAUACAGGCUGAUUUACUUGACGGUAAUGGUAAUGGUUAUCCAACCAGUGACAAAGAAUACAUUAGAAUCCUCUCCUACGCUUGCUCAUUAACACCCAAAGACGCAGGAUCUCCGACCAUGGAACGACUUCUACGCGCACUCGUGGCUGGUGACCAUGGCAUACCCCUAAGGGGUAACGAACCCCUAUCUUGGCAAAAGGAGGAUGUAGAUACCGUCGCUAGCUUCAUUUCUGCUCGUAUGUCAGAUUCUCUGCUCGGGAAUACGUCUGAACAUUACCGGCAAAUCAAGAAGCACCUCGAAGAUUUUAUGACCUGCAAGAAACAGACCAUGUUUGACCGAGAUCUCUACCUGACACGACUUGGACGAUUUGCUACGGGAACACGGUUGCGACCUGGGGAUGUCAUCUGUAUCCUUCACGGCUGUACCCACCCCGUCGCACUUCGAGCACGUAAAGCUUCAACAUUCGAGGUUCUUGGGACGUGUUAUUUAGAGGGCUGGAUGGAUGCUUGGAAUAAUGGAAUGGUUGAUUGGGACGUGCAUGAUACGGAGGAGUUUGUUUUAGUUUAACUUGUAAUGUUUGGGUGGUCAAUCUCUACUUUGUUGAUGAUUAGUCGCGAAGACAGGGUGUAUAUAUGACAAGUUAGUAAUGUAGAGUUAGUACACGCACGACCUUGCCCUCUGUCAGGGUCUGCAGCAAGGCAAGGG